UUUUAUUUCUCCUCUACUUGGAAUUGUGUAGAGAGAGAGAGAGAGAGAGAGAGAGAGAGAGAGUAUGGGUCAGAACAGGGGACAAUCAUAGUGGUGGUGGUAGUAGUCUAGCAUUAAUCACAAUUAAUACAAGUAUUCAUCCAUUUUAUUUGCCAUUUGUUUGACAAAUUCUCUGAAUCCUUUCACCACUUGCACCUACCUUAGAAGAAGAAGAAGAAGAAGGAGAAGGAGAAGGAGAAGAAGCCACUUGAAAGGGGAGUAUAUAGCAGGUGUGAGGGUGGGGGUUGAAAGAGCUGAUGAUUCGGGGCUUUAGCGGUAUGCGGCGAUCGGAUCUACGAUGAGUGGAGACGACGAUGGCAAGGAUGCUCAUGAGAACGAUCUCGUGAUGCCGGGGUUUCGCUUCCACCCUACUGAAGAGGAGCUGAUCGAGUUCUACCUCCGCAGAAAGGUCGAGGGCAAGCGCUUCAACGUCGAGCUUAUCACCUUCCUCGACCUCUACCGCUACGACCCAUGGGAGCUCCCUGCAUUUGCAGCAAUUGGGGAGAAAGAGUGGUUCUUCUAUGUCCCUAGAGAUCGAAAGUAUAGGAACGGAGAUCGACCCAACCGCGUGACCGCAUCGGGCUACUGGAAGGCCACUGGAGCCGACCGGAUGAUCCGAGCCGAAAACAGCCGGUCGAUCGGAUUGAAGAAGACCCUUGUGUUCUACUCAGGGAAGGCUCCCAAGGGCAUCAGGACCAGUUGGAUCAUGAACGAGUACCGAUUGCCGCAGAACGAAACCGACCAUUACCAGAAGGCCGAGAUUUCCUUAUGCCGGGUCUACAAGCGAGCCGGUGUCGACGACCACAAUCACCUCUCUAGCCACACUUCCACAAAGCCAACCUCCUCGAGAGCGAACGGACUCGACAAAAAGUUCAGCUCAUCUUGCCAUCUACCUGCGAGCUUUGAAACCUUUCGAGGCGACUCUUCAUCAUCGACCGCCAUAGAAAAAGCUCGCAAAGUGCAUAUAAGUGGAAACAACAACACCAACUUGCCCACACCCAUAUACAAACCCACUACUCUCUACGGAUCAACGUCGGCGUCGGUUGCUUCAUUGAGCUCGACAACAUCGACGGAGGAAGAUGGAAGCACUUCUCUCUACGGCCACUCGAAGAACACAAACAGUUUGGUUUCCACAUACUCCCUCAUUAACCUAACUUCUCCCUCCAUGGCCUCAACCCCCAUUGAUGAGCUAAAUAGGUUAGUAGGAUACAACCAAACCUACAAUAACCAGUUACUAAACAACCAGCUCCUUCCAUUGCAACAACAACAAGCCCAGAUGCUUCCGCUUAACUCGAUGUCGAUGUCGUUGUCUUCGAUUUCGGAUAAGCUUUGGGAAUGGAAUGCUCUUCCUCAUGAUGCAGCAAGGGAUUUACACUAGUUUUUAAGUGAUCAACACAGUGACUCUUUCAGAUAUAUAGCUCCCUCUCUCUUUGUAUUUCGUUCCUUUUGAAGAUUAAUUAUGAAUGUAAUCUCCUAGCUAGCCCUCUAAUAUUGUGGGAAGAACAUAGUUUAUAUAUAAUUUCAUCAUUAACAUUGUGUGGGAUUAUAUAUAUAUAUAUAGCAUUGCUGUGCCCGAGUUUGUUCUUA